AUGAAGGAAGGCGGUGCUCCGAGUGAAGCCCUGUCCUUGGAGGGAGAUGAAUGGGAGCUGAGUAAAGAGAAUGUACAACCCUUACGGCAGGGGCGGAUCAUGUCCACACUUCAAGGAGCACUGGCACAGCAAGAGUCUGCCUGUAACACUAUUCUUCAGCAGCAGAAACGGGCAUUUGAAUCUGAAAUUCGAUUUUACACUGGAAAUGACCCUCUGGAUGUCUGGGAUAGAUAUAUUAACUGGACAGAGCAGAACUAUCCUCAAGGAGGGAAGGAGAGUAACAUGUCAACAUUACUAGAGAGAGCUGUAGAAGCACUACAAGGAGAAAAACGGUAUUAUAGUGAUCCUCGAUUUCUCAAUCUUUGGCUUAAAUUGGGACAUUUAUGCAAUGAACCUUUGGAUAUGUACAAUUAUUUACACAACCAAGGAAUUGGCAUUUCACUUGCUCAGUUCUAUAUCUCAUGGGCUGAAGAAUAUGAAGCUAGAGAAAACUUUAAGAAAGCAGAUGUGAUAUUUCAGGAAGGACUUCAACGGAAGGCUGAACCACUGGAAAGACUGCAGUCCCAGCACCGACAAUUCCAAGCCCGAGUAUCUCGACAAACUUUGUUGGCACUUGAGGAAGAAGAAGAGGAAGAGAGUUUUGGCUCUUCUGUACCACAGCGAAGCACACUAGCUGAUCUAAAGUGCAAAGGGAAAAAGACAGCAAGAGCUCCAAUCAGCCGUGUGGGAGGUGCUCUCAAGGCUUCAAACCAGAACAGAGGACUCCAAAAUCCAAUUCCUCAACAGAUGCUAAGUAAUUCUAGAAUUACUGUUUUUGAUGAAAAUGUUGAUGUGGCUUCUAGAACAGAGUUGUCUAAGCCUACAGUCCAGCCAUGGGUAGCACCCCCUGUGCCCAGAGCGAAAGAGAAUGAGCUGCAAGCAGGCCCUUGGAACACGGGCAGGCCCUUGGAAUCCAGGCCUCGUGGCAAUACAGCUUCUGUGGCAGCUGUACCCUCUAUGCUUCCCAGUUUUACUCCAUAUGUGGAAGAGACUGUACAACAGCCAGUUAUGACACCAUGUAAAAUUGAACCUAGUAUAAACCACAUUCUAAGCACCAGAAAGCCUAAAAAGGAAGAAGAAGAUCCCUUACAGAGAGUUCAAAGCUAUAAACAAGAGUCUGAGGAGAAGAAAGAGAAGAUGAUGUAUUGUAAGGAGAAGAUUUAUGCAGGAGUGGGAGAAUUCUCUUUUGAAGAAAUCCGGGCUGAAGUUUUUCGGAAAAAAUUAAAAGAGCAAAGGGAAGCGGAGCUACUGACCAAUGCAAAGAAGAGAGCAGAAAUGCAGAAACAGAUUGAAGAGAUGGAGAAAAAGCUAAAAGAAAUCCAGACUACACAGCAAGAAAGAGUAGAUGAUCAGCAAGAAGAGAGAUUGCCUACAGAGGAGACAGCUGAACUUGGAAUGGAUUCUGAGUUUCAGAAAGUACCAGCAAUGGUUCUCUUCAAUUCUCUUUGUCCAGCGAACUCUUGUGCCAGGGAAACUUCACUUGCAGAAAACAUUUGUCAGGAACAGCCUAACUCUAAAGGUCCAAGUAUACCAUUCUCCAUAUUUGACGAGUUUCUUCCUUCAGAGAAAAAGAAUAUCAGUUCUUCUACAGAUCCACCAGGGAUUUUAGCUCAACGAAGACCCCUUGCAAUUCUCAAAACUUCAGAAAGCAUCACCUCAAAUGAGGAUGUGUCUCCAGAUAUUUGUGAUGAAUUUACAGGAAUUGAGCCCUUGAGUGAAGAUGCCAUUAUCACUGGUUUCAGGAAUGUAACUAUUUGUCCCAACCCGGAAGACACUUGUGACUUCGCUAGAGCAGCCCAUUUUGUAUCUACCCCAUUUCAUGAGAUAAUAUCCUUGAAGAAUCUCCCUCCUAGCCCUGAGAGACUCUUGCAGGAAGAAGAUCUAGACAUAAAGAGCUCUGAGGACCCACAGACUACUUGUGGCACUGUCUACAAUCAAACUCUCAGCGUCAAGAAGCUGAGCCCAAUUAUUGAAGAUAGUCACGAAGCCACACACUCCUCUGGGUUCUCUGGAUCUUCUGCCUCAGUCACAAGCACCUCCUCCUCCAUCAAAUGUCUUCAAAUUCCUGAGAAACUGGAGCUUACUAAUGAGACUGCAGGUAAGAUAUAGUAUAUAUCACUCAAGAGCAAACAUUUGCAUCCCUGCCUGUGAACACUUAUUUAUCUUAGCAGACUGAGCUAUGUCUGUUCCCCGCCCCCCAAUAGAAGUUUCAAUCAAAUCUUCUCAACAGGUAAUGAAGAUUAUUGCAUUAAACAAGAAUACCUAAUAUGUGAAGAUUACAAAUUAUUCUGGGUGGCACCAAGGAACUCUGCAGAGUUAACCAUAAUAAAGGUAUCUUCUCAACCUAUCCCAUGGGACUUUUAUAUCAACCUCAAGUUAAAGGAACGUUUAAAUGAGGAGUAUGAUCAUUUGUGUAGCUGUUAUCUAUACCAAGAUGGCUGUAUUCUUUGGCACCAAUAUAUAAACUGCUUCACUCUUCAGGAUCUUCUCCAACACAGUGAAUUUAUUACCCAUGAAAUAACAGUGUUGAUUGUUUAUGACCUUUUAACAAUCGUGGCGAAGUUACACAAAGCAGAAAUAGUCCAUGGUGACUUGAGUCCAAGGAGUCUGAUUCUUAGAAACAGAAUCCACGAUCCCUAUGAUUUUAAUAAGAAGAAUCAGGCUUUGAAGAUAGUGGACUUUUCCUACAGUGUUGACCUUAGGGUACAGCUAGAUGUGUGUACCCUCAGCGGCUUUCGGACUGUACAGAUCCUGGAAGGACAAAAGAUCCUGGCCAACUGUUCUUCUCCCUACCAGGUAGACCUGUUUGGUAUAGCAGAUUUAGCACAUUUACUAUUGUUCAAGGAACACCUACAGGUCUUCUGGGAUGGGUCCCUCUGGAAACUUAGCCAAAAUAUUUCUGAGCUAAAAGAUGGUGAAUUGUGGAAUAAAUUCUUUGUGCGGAUUCUGAAUGCCAGUGAUGAAUCCUCAGUGUCUGUUCUAAGGGAACUUUCAGCAGAAAUGAAUGAGGUGUUUGAUACCACAUUCCAAAGUCACCUGAACAAAGCCUUAUGGAAGGUAGGGAAGUUAAUCAGUCCUGGGGCUUUGCUCUUCCAGCAAGAUAGGCAGUCAAGUCUCUCACAGGUUCCUGCCUAA